CAUUGCGAGUAAAAAGUGAUCCAAACUUCCUGUUCAGUGAAAUGGCGACGUGGGGCAGAUUCGGGGCGAGUUUGCGGAACUUGUUCAGGGGUUCCUGGAGCCUGGGCAGUAAGGUCCCGCUGAAGCCGGCGGUAAGAGGCGCGGUGUUGGGCUGCCUGGUAGCCGGCGGGGUUCUCCGCUAUUACCGAGAGCCGCGCUGGAAAUGUUUUCACCCGGCCGUGUACGCCAAAGAGACCGUGGAUGAUGACGCCCGUACUCCGGCAGUGUCGAUGCGCCGUUUGCGCUUCAACCAGUUUGCCUCUGUGAUUUAUGAGUUGGAGCCGUAUAUGACGCCCAGAGACUUCCUGUACUCCAUCCUGCUGGAGCAUGCAGAACAUAAACUGCACAAGAGGCACCUGACCAACAUGGAAAUGGAGAAGAUGCUGACAGUGGCAUCCAAAGCCAAGGCAGGAAGCAACCUGUUCAGAGGAAUUGGAGACAACGGGCUGAUCUCCUACACCGAAUACCUGUUCCUGCUGACCAUCCUCACCAAGCCACACACGGGAUUCAACAUCGCUUUCAAAAUGCUCGACAUCGACAGCAACGAGCAGGUGGACAAGAAAGAGUUUGAGAAGCUGAAGAAAAUCAUCAGUCAACGGAAGGUGGCUAAAGAUGUGGCAGAGACAGCAGGCUUGGAGGACGUCAGUGAGCCAAGCACCACGCUGCAAGCCUUCUUUUUUGGCCGUAAGGGACAAAAUAAACUGCAGUACAAAGAGUUUUGUAGGUUCAUGGUGGAUCUCCAGGCAGAGGUGCAGGAGAUGGAGUUUCUGCAGUUCUCCAAAGGCAUGGACACAAUGAGGAGGGAGGAUUUUGCUGAUUGGCUGCUGCACUACACCAAUGAAGAAAACAACACUGAGUACUUGGAGAACCUGAGGAAAAGAAUCCCGACAGGACAGAGCAUCAACUUUGAGGAAUUUAAAGCCUUCUGUCUCUUCACCAACAACCUGGAGGACUUCUCCAUUUCGGUGAAGAUGAUCUCCGAUGCUAACAGACCAAUUGGAAUGGCUCAGUUUAAGAGAGCCGUGAAAAUCGCCACCGGACAAGAGCUCUCUGAGAACAUCCUCGAUACGGUAUUCCAGAUCUUCGACCUAGACGGAGACAACUGUCUCAGCCACGAAGAGUUCAUCGCCGUGAUGAAGGACCGAAUGCUGCGAGGUCUCAGGGUUCAAUCUCAGCAGGGCGUGUCUGGUUUCUGGAAGUGUGUGAAGAAAGAAAUGCUAAAAGGAGCUCAGGAGGCUCUCAGCCGCAGCAGCAGUCCUUUCUGAAAGGAAAACGCACCUGUUCCAGGGGGCCUGUUUGGCCCCCGGAAUCGCACCACGGCACUCGGACCACUUUCUCAGCCGACAACAUCGGUGUUUUGUUUUUUUUGUUCAGUUCUAGUGUCACAAUUUCACCAUGUGUGUGUAUUUUCAUAUCAGCUUUACUUGAUGAUGAUGUUCUAAAGAAUGUGUGACUCCGACAUCGUAUGUGUCCAGUAUCACCAUGUAACACAGAACCAUUCAUCAGCAUGUCAAUAAUUUUCAUCCAGGAUGCUUUAAUCUUUGGAAAUUACUGACUGAAUAUCCAAAAGAAUUGAUAGGAAUUGUAUAAAAUGUUUACAGGGAACCAGCAUCUGCUACUACAUUGGGAUUCUAGUUUUGGGUAUAAUAAGUUUUAAAAAUACGAAAUCAAAUUAAAUAAAAAAAAAAAAAACAGUUUUGUAAAAAGCUAAGCUGAAAUGGUGAGUUUGGUUGUUUUGGGUGCUACAGGGUGAAUCUUUAAAACACUUUUUACUUUAUUAUUAAUAACCAUCCAGGUUCAAAGCUUUAAUGUAAUAUGUAUCAUUUAUAUAACAAUUUAUAAAAAGAAAUUGUUUAGUUUUAUUAGUUUGGUGACAGAUAUUGUCUUUUGUUUUGUGAAUUACACUGUUCAUAUUUUGGUACUUUAAUACUCCUAGAUUUUGGGUUCUUUAGUCUGAUUUCUGCAUCUGAGUCUGAUUGACCUGUUUGGUUUUGGUUCACAGUUUGGUUUGGUGUGUAUUCUCAGUGCCUGUGCAUUAACCACAAGCUUCAAGAACAUGAGGAACGUGGGAAAAAGUUAAAACCACACAAGAAUGUUAAACUCAUUCAGCACAAUGCAAAAUAAUUAUAAAGCUUCUAGUUUCAAAUAUUUUUGUUUUUCAAAGCACCUUUUUACGUCCUGCCAAUUUUAACGUACAGAACAAUGUGGUCCAUGACCCAAAUAUUUGGGUUACCUCCUGUAUUUGGGCAGAUUUAGGAUCGAAUUGAUUUCUUGCUGCAGUGAAAUCAUGCGAGUUUGGUUUGAGCCAUACUGAGACCAGCAUACGGAGAUGAUCUUGUGUUUGGAGCGUGAUUGCUGCAUGUCCUCAUCUGGAGGAAAAAAAUUGCACCAUAAAAGAAAAUGCACCAGGAAUGGAUUCAGACGGACUGAACGCUGCGUAUGUGCAGAUAUUUUUAUUGCUUUUUUUGUGUUUUGUUAAUGACACUAAUCUGAUGUAAAUUUGAGCAAAGCCCUAUUUACUCUGAUUUCCUUGUUUAAAGUAAAACUAAUGAAAUAAAUAAAUCAAUUAAAAUAUAAA